AUGGAGGCGCCCGCACGGCAGCAGAAGACGGGGAAGAGGAGGAGAUGGGGCGGCCUGCGGCAGCAGUGGCAGCUCCUGGGGCUGUUUCAGAUCGAUGAGCAGCAUGAGUUUUACCAGCUCACAUGUAUGAUGAAACAGGGCCUGGCCACAGCCAUACAAAGCACUGGUUUCCACGUGCCAUCUGACUUCACCUUGGAGACAUUUGCAGGUCCAGCAUUUGCCAGUCUGCGAGGCCGUUUGGGUAUGACUGAGCAGGAGUACCAACAGUCCCUGUGCUCUGAACACUGUUAUCUUCAAUUCAUCAGUAACUCCAAGAGCAGGGCUGACUUUUUCCUGACGUAUGAUAUCAAAGGCUGUGAGGUGAGCCGAUGGACAGAGCCUGCGCCAGAGGAGAGCCAUAUUAUUGUGGUUCUCAAGGACCUUAACUUCGAAGGGCAAUUUAUUACAUUGAACCAGCAGAGAUCGUGGUUGCUGCGACAGGUGGAAAUAGAUACGCAGUUUCUUCGAAGACUAAAUGUUUUGGACUACAGCUUGCUCUUGGCACAUCAACCUCUGCAUUGGGACGAGCGACACCUGGGACACUCCUUUGCCAACAUCAUCAUCAGGACGAAGAGAUCCGUGAUCCCGAGUUACAGCCCGAAACAUCCUGUUGCCUCAGUCCCAGGGGAGGUUCCCGAGGAGGAUGUUGGGUGUGAAAAAGGAAGAACACUGACUGGAGAUGCACCUGUAGCUGAAGCAGUCUUCCCAGAGUGCACUGUGCCGUGCACUGACACCAUUGAUCUGCUGGACUACCAGGCUCAAAACCGUCGCCUACUUCCCAACUUAAAGAACCCUCUGCAUGUGAUUGAUGGGCCUGAGCAGCGCUACUUUAUUGGUAUAAUAGACAUUUUCACAGUGUACAGCUUUAAGAAGCGUCUUGAGCACUGGUGGAAAAGUCUGCGUCAUCCAGGAAAGAGUUUUUCUACAGUGAGCCCAAAUACUUACUGCACCCGGCUGCAGCGCUGGGUCCAGGACCACACCAAGUAA